AUGGCUCAAGACCAGCCACGAAAUCCGGAAGGACAAGUGGUUGUUGUUGAGGCGAACGAUGUUCAGGCUGAGCUUCGCUCUAGGCUUCGCCAAUUGGGAUUUUUCAAUUUGGCUGAGCAACUUGGACUCAACAUAAGUACGGAAGAAACUGAGCCGGGGGAAUUGACCACCACUGGCUCAGAAACGCAACAAGAAGAAUCGCCAAAUCCUUCGCCAAAUUUAAACUUUAUCCUUGCCAGAGCUACUCUCUAG